CUCAGUUUUUUUGAGCCACGCUUGGCCAACUCGUAUUUAUUGCAAUACGACAUAUUUCUUUCUUCACUUCACUUCGCUGCUUGCUCUCAACAUGUCCAAGAAAGCAGAAUCCACAAGUAAAAAAAUCUCAGAGACCGAUCAGAACCUGAUCAACCCUACUGGUCACUUCUCCAUGGUCCGUAAUUUCCAACUCGCUGACUUGAUCACCUUGUUGAAUGGAGUGUGCGGUGCCAUGUCCAUAUUUUCCAACAUGCGUUAUCUCGUCUCCAACGAUCCAAAAGACCUUUAUACUGCCAUGGGAUUCAUGCCUUUUGGUCUUUUCUUUGAUUUUAUGGACGGCCGAGUCGCAAGGUGGAGGAACCGUAGCAGCUUGCUCGGACAAGAGCUGGAUAGUUUGGCCGAUGUGAUUUCAUUUGGUGUGGCCCCAGCUGCCUUAGCGUUCACAGUGGGUAUGCGUACAACUUUGGAUACCCUCAUCUUGACAUAUUUCGUUUCAUGCGGUAUCGCUCGUCUUGCUCGUUUCAAUGCCACAGUCGCUUUGUUGCCCAAAGAUAAUACUGGCAAGAUCUCACAUUUCGAAGGUCUUCCCAUCCCAAGUUCACUGGGUUUGGUUGCCGUACUUGCCUACCUUGUCAUUGGCAAGGGCUUAUUGCACGCUGACCAGUUCCCAUACGGCGUGAUUGAUUUGGCUCAGUUGGUAGGCGUUGACUCAAAGCUUGGCCAAGUGCAUGCUUUUACUUUGCUUUUCGCCAUCCAAGGCACAGCCAUGGUCUCCAAGACUUUGAAGAUCCCCAAGCCGUAAAUGCUUCCCCUGAUCGUACAUAUUCCUGCUAACUGCAUACGCCAUGUAACCUUGUCAUAAAUAAAGACGAAACGUAGACGAUGUAAAUACACACGGACCCUGUUUGAACUUUCACUUGAUCAUUAUUGGUUUUUGUUCAAUCAGUUAACGAAAGAUGGAAUAAGGUGGAAAGGUUUUACAAAGUACUCGGGAUAU